AUGAAGGGUCUUCGACGGGUGCUUGGGAGGUGGAGGUGGAGGUGUUCUCAAAUUCAAAGAAACGAAAGCAAAUUGGGCAACGCCAAACUCCUGUUACCAGAACUUUCACUACCUUCGUCAACCCCAAGCUCGCCCCCAUUCAUUCCCGGAACUCAGUCUCCCUCACUCCAUCUUCUUCACUCCGACCUCACACAAAUCCCGACAUUAAACACAGCCCCAACGCCUCAUGCUCACCGACACACCACCAAUAUGACCCUCUCUUGCCAGUCUCUCUCCUCCCCAAUUCUCAUCCGCACCACCACCACCACCCUCCAACAUUUCCCAUUUCCCGCCACUAUACCCAGCAACCUCUCAGCCACCGGAGGCCGGAGACUUCUGGGUUCCUACAUUCUCAGAGCAAGAGGAAAAGAACUAGUCCUCGGAAACCCAUCGGUCACCGUCGAGAAAGGUAAGUACAGCUACGACGUCGAAACCCUAAUCAAAAAGCUCUCUAGCCUCCCACCAGGAGGCAGCGUUGCUCGCUGCCUUGACACCUUCAAGAACAAGCUUUCCCUCAAUGAUUUUGCCUUAGCGUUCAAAGAGUUCGCUCACCGCGGCGACUGGCAGCGCUCGCUCCGCCUCUUCAAGUACAUGCAGCGACAGAUCUGGUGUAAGCCCAACGAACACAUCUACACAAUCAUAAUUGGCGUGCUUGGCCGCGAAGGACUUUUAGAUAAAGCCUAUGAGAUAUUCGACGAAAUGCCCAGCCACGGUGUUCCGCGUAGUGUCUUUUCGUUCACGUCAAUUAUUAAUUCAUAUGGUCGAAAUGGCCAGUUUGAGACCGCAUUAGAACUUUUGAAGAGAAUGAAAAAGGAAAAAGUUCAGCCGAGCAUUUUGACUUAUAAUACAGUGAUUAAUGCUUGUGCUAGAGGCGGGUAUGAAUGCGAGGGGUUGCUAAGUUUGUUUGCCGAAAUGCGGCAUGAGGGUAUUCAACCCGAUAUUGUUACUUAUAAUACAUUGCUUAGUGCUUGUGCCCAUCGGAGUUCAGGGGAUGAGGCAGAAAUGGUGUUUAGGACAAUGAAUGAGGGUGGGAUUGUACCGGAUAUAACGACAUACAGUUAUUUAGUUGAUACGUUUGGUAGAUUGGAGAAAUUAGAAAAGGUUUCAGAGCUUUUGAGGGAAAUGGAAGAUGGAGGGAACUUACCAGAGAUAACGUCCUAUAAUGUGCUAUUAGAGGCGUAUGUGCAUUCAGAGAAAAUUAAGGAGGCAAUGGGGGUGUUUAGGCAAAUGCAGGCUGCAGGGUGUGUGCCCAAUGCGGCGACUUUUACUAUUUUGUUGAAUUUGUAUGGGAAGCAUGGUAGGUAUGAUGAUAUUAGGGAGCUUUUUCUUGAGAUGAAAGUGAGUAACACGGAUCUGGAUCCGAGUACUUACAAUAUUCUUAUUGAGGUGUUUGGUGAAGGUGGGUAUUUUAAGGAGGUGGUGACUUUAUUUCAUGAUAUGGUAGAGGAAAAUGUUGAGCCAAAUAUGGAGACUUACGAGGGGUUGAUAUUUGCUUGA